UAGAGCAAUUUCAUCAAAAUGAAUGCAUUUUCUUUUUAGUAUUGGGCUGAGAAGAAAUGCGCUCUACGGAAACAUUGUGCAGGACUCUCAGCCUCAAUGAGACGCACUGGUGGUGGAGCAUCAGACAACUUACCUGCGCUCUCCGCUUUAGAUACUAGAUUGGUGGCAGUAAUGGGUGGGCGAGAAUUUGCAACAGGCGAUACAAGUUUGGCAGUCAACCCAUUUCCUCAAUCGACUAGUCACAGUAGUCAUACAGAGCUACCUAUAAUGAUAGAGAUUGUAGAAACAGGAGAACAAGUAUGCAAGCUAAUUCUCCUAUUCUUGGCAUGUCACACAUUGAUGCAAUACCAGCUUCAUCCACAAUACCUGCAUCGCCUGCACUUGAGAAUUCUAUACCUAUUAUACCACCAGCACCACGAACUCGCCGGCGGCGCCGAUCGUCGAUUUCGAGGCCACUGAAUUCACAAAUGGAGCAGUUUUCAAGUAUCGAAGCACGCAGGGUUGUAGCAGAGCUAAUUACAUCACAAGCAAUGCCUAAAUUAUUAAAAAAAAUGCGUGAAUGUAUAUCUAUACACGGCGGACAAGCUGGUGUGCAAAUUGGAAACGCUUGCUGGGAGCUGUACUGCCUAGAACAUGGCAUCCAGCCUGAUGGGCAGAUGCCCUCUGACAAGACCGUCGGUGGGGGCGAUGACUCGUUCAAUACAUUCUUCAGCGAGACCGGUGCAGGCAAGCAUGUUCCUCGAGCAGUGUUCAUAGACCUCGAGCCUACCGUAGUAGAUGAGGUGCGUACAGGAACUUACCGUCAAUUAUUUCACCCGGAACAGCUGAUUACGGGUAAAGAAGAUGCUGCCAACAACUACGCUCGGGGGCACUACACUAUCGGCAAAGAGAUUGUGGACUUGGUACUUGACAGGGUGCGGAAACUAGCCGACCAAUGCACCGGUUUGCAAGGAUUUCUCAUUUUUCACUCUUUUGGAGGCGGUACCGGCUCCGGUUUCGCAUCCCUGCUAAUGGAACGACUGUCCGUUGACUAUGGUAAGAAGUCUAAAUUAGAAUUCGCGAUUUACCCUGCCCCGCAGAUCUCAACCGCCGUCGUAGAACCUUACAAUUCUAUCUUAACAACACAUACAACAUUGGAACAUUCCGAUGCCGCCUUUAUGGUGGACAACGAAGCUAUCUAUGAUAUUUGCAGGAGGAACUUGGACAUUGAGAGGCCAACAUACACUAAUCUAAAUCGUCUGAUUGGUCAAAUUGUAUCGUCUAUCACUGCCUCAUUAAGGUUUGACGGUGCCCUGAACGUCGAUUUAACAGAAUUCCAGACAAACUUGGUACCUUACCCACGAAUUCAUUUCCCCCUCGUAACGUAUGCUCCUGUUAUCUCUGCUGAAAAAGCGUACCAUGAACAACUAUCUGUAGCGGAGAUAACUAAUGCAUGCUUCGAACCUGCAAAUCAGAUGGUUAAAUGCGACCCAAGACAUGGCAAAUACAUGGCGUGUUGCAUGCUUUACCGUGGGGAUGUAGUUCCAAAAGAUGUUAAUGCUGCUAUUGGAACUAUCAAGACAAAGAGAACUAUUCAGUUUGUUGACUGGUGUCCGACUGGCUUCAAAGUAGGCAUCAAUUACCAACCUCCCACCGUGGUGCCUGGUGGCGACUUAGCUAAGGUACAGCGCGCAGUCUGCAUGUUGUCAAAUACGACCGCCAUUGCUGAAGCGUGGUCGCGUCUCAACCACAAGUUUGAUCUGAUGUAUGCGAAGCGAGCGUUUGUCCAUUGGUAUGUCGGCGAAGGUAUGGAAGAAGGAGAGUUCUCGGAAGCUCGUGAAGAUCUGGCUGCACUCGAAAAGGAUUAUGAAGAAGUCGGUAUGGACUCUGGAGAAGGCGAAGGAGAGGGCGGUGAAGAGUACUAA